CGUGUUUCAACGUAAUUCACGGAAGUAGUUCUCUAUGUUAUUUCCGGAUAUUGAUCACAUGAACUUCUGGAUUGCAAGAUGUUGGUUUUAGUACUAGGAGAUCUUCACCUUCCUCACCGUUGCCAUACACUGCCGUCAAGGUUCAAGAAAUUACUUGUCCCUGGAAAGAUACAACACAUCUUAUGUACAGGAAAUCUUUGUACAAAGGAGUCAUUCGACUAUCUCAAGACACUAGCCAGUGAUGUUCACGUUGUGAGGGGUGAUUUUGAUGAUAACCUGAAUUAUCCUGAGCAGAAGGUUGUGACAGUAGGACAGUUCCGUAUUGGUUUGUGUCAUGGCCACCAGGUGGUGCCCUGGGGUGACACAGAAAGUCUGUCUAUGGUUCAGCGUCAGCUAGAUGUAGAUAUACUCAUCUCUGGUCACACACACAAAUUUGAGGCAUUCGAGCAUGAAAACAAAUUUUACAUUAACCCUGGUUCAGCUUCAGGAGCAUACAAUGCUUUAGACAGCAACACUUCACCGUCAUUUGUUAUCCUGGAUAUACAGCAGUCAACAGUGGUAGCCUAUGUGUACAAAUAUAUAAACAAUGAUGUCAAGGUAGAGAGAAUCGAGUACCGCAAAAACUGAAAUCCCGCAGACCAGAAAACUGUUGAAGUGAUUUUCAAACUCAUCACCAUUUCAACACUACUUUGGACUUGAUGAUAGUGCUUUGGACCCAUCUGAAUGAUACACACAAUUUCAUAAGAUACACAUUUUGUUGCGUGUCAUCUUGCUAACAUGUCAUGCUGUCACCAUUCUGUUGAAGUAGUUGAUGAGUCAAAUCUUGUUGUUUUCUCGUAUUGAUAAGUGUAAUUAUUCAGAGAAAUCUGACUUAUAAUUAAUGUCCUGUAUGCUUCAGUAAACAUCAAUUUCUCACCUAGAAAAUGUUGUGUAUACAGUCAGUACAUACAACAGUACCUAGUUUUCAGUACUACCUGUGAGCCUCUUGUUUUCAGUACUACAUUUGGGCCUCUUGUUUUCAGUACUACCUGUGAGCCUCUUGUUUUCAGUACUACAUUUGGGCCUCUUGUUUUCAUUGCUACCUGUGGGCCUCUUGACCAAAAAAAGUGAUUUGUGGAUAAUUUUAUGUACAUAUCUAUAUGUAUAUAAACAUUUGUAUAAAAGAAAUUGUUAAAACAGAACCAGUUUAAAAGUGUGAAGUAAGACCUAGUAUAGUAUAGCAGUGUAACAUCAGAUGUUGUUCUUGUCCUUUAUGUUACAAAUGGGUACUUGUAGUGAUGGUUUAAACAGAAAUCUGUACAUGUGAUGUUUUAUGAGUUGCUAAAAUACAUAUACUUCAAAUACUAGUAAACAUUUCAUUACUAUUUCAGUGCAAUACAAAUAUAAAAGUCAAUGCAAAUAUACAAGUCAGUUGUCAAUACAGAUAUACAAGUCAGUUGUCAAUACAAAUAUACAAGUCAGUUGUCAAUACAGAUAUACAAGUCAGUUGUCAAUACAGAUAUACAAGUCAGUUGUCAAUGCAAAUAUACAAGUCAGUUGUCAAUACAGAUAUACAAGUCAGUUGUCAAUGCAAAUAUACAAGUCAGUUGUCAAUACAGAUAUACAAGUCAGUUGUCAAUGCAAAUAUACAAGUCAGUUGUCAAUACAAAUAUACAAGUCAGUUGUCAAUACAGAUAUACAAGUCAGUUGUCAAUGCAAAUAUACAAGUCAGUUGUCAAUACAAAUAUACAAGUCAGUUGUCAAUGCAAAUAUACAAGUCAGUUGUCAAUA